AUGAGCCUGCUUGCGGAUGGCGGUGCCAGCAGUAACAGCGGCAACGGCGCCUACCUGAACAGGCAACACAGUUCACUGCUAAAACAACUGGCCGCAUGCCGAACAUUGUCUCGGUUGGGAAUGUCAUUAGCGGCGGCAGCGUCUGAAGCAGCAACUCCAGCAGCGACAGCAGGACCACCCAGAGCGGCGCCGCGAGUUGGAUCACCAGUUUGCACCAUGCUUGUCGCAGAGACCAAAUCAGACAUGAACCGAAGCACGCUAAGGGAAGCGGCAACGGAACCUGCUGCCACUGCGCAUGCAGGACCGUCUCCCUGUAAUCCUAAGGCAUUCGGAGGCCUUUUAAACGCGGAUGGCCGUGCAAUAGGCGUCCGCAGUGAGCCACCUUUAAACAGCGACCUCUUCGAGCCAGCGUAUCUACAGUGGUCGCAGGAACUGCAACAACCGCAACAGAAACAUCCGGAUCAUACAUGCAUGGAGGGUCAACACAACGAGGCGUUUCAAAAGGGCCAAUCGCCCAAUGGUAUUGUUCCUACCGCGCUCGCAGCUCCUGCGGGUACCUUGGGUUUGGCGCCUACCGACGGCCAUGCACAUUCUAGGAUUAGCCAGGGAGGCCCCGAAGCUAUUCAAAGAAGAUUAUCAGCAAGAUCCAAUGCUGGGGCUGAGUGUGGCGGCACUGCAUCAUCUUCAGUUGCGUCGGCGAGCGCUGCAGGAACUGCUGCAGCCAAUGGAGCCUCACGAAGGGAUACGUUAGUAGGAACCCCGAACCCAAAUAAUGCCUCACCAAGUGGAACUCCGGCCAAAACGACUGCAGUAGGCAUUGGUACAGUGGCAGUUGUGCCUGCUUGUAGCAGCUGCUCAUUAAGCACUGCGUCUGUUUGGAAAAAGUGGCUGCUUCUUCUCUGUGAGGCGGAUCCGCAGCGGCGGCAGGAGCUGCUGCUGAAGUUUCCUCCCAUUUGCAAGAAGCACGGCAAGAACCGCGCAGCAUCCGGACAUGGAGACUUUUUCGUUAGCUUCCGGCAACUACUGCGUCUGCUGGAAGCAGCUGCCUUGCAUCCGCAUGCCACGGAAGCUUCCGUCUCCAUCUUGAGGAAACGUGUUCGUCUGGGAGUGGAAAGGCGUGCACCAAAAGGUACAAGUGCAGCAACAGCGGGAGCUGGAGGCAUGACUGAACUUAGCGGGGCCUUGGAUGAUCUGCAUUCGGCAACAGCUGCGCGCGCUGCACGUCAUCUCGCAUAUGUGGAGGAUGGUUUGGCUAUGCUUGCACUGGAAAAGGGGGCGCAGUUGAUGCAGAGCCUACGAGACUUCGACUGCGCGGACAGCUUCCUCCUUGAGGCCACGGCAGAAGGUGCGCCUCUACGCGCUGGACGUGCUGCUCCACGUUGGAGCUUCACCGCCAUCGAAGGGCCUCUCCAUGACCCAUCUAGCCGACAAAAGAGCGUCUGGAAGCAGCUAGAAAGCGGCUCUCUACUUAUUCUUAAGCCCGUUGACGAAGCCUCAGCGUUGCUGGCGAAAGAACUUCGGCUGCUUCACGGUGACUCUUUUGACUUCUCUUAUGUCAUAGCGCAAGCAGCAGCUGCCACUGCAGAAUUAACUGUGAAUGCAACGUCUUCACGCCCAGCUGUGUUAGAGCCCACGCUUGUCUACAAAGGUGAUGAAAAGUGCCUGAGGAGAACGCAACAGCAGCCGCUGCCGCUGGUGCUGCAGGAGCUGCUAAAAAGUGGACGAGGGAAGCACCGUGUCCGCUGCGUGGUCUGCGGUCGCUCCCUUCUUGUGUCAGCGGAUGAGCUGAUUUGGGGCACCUUGAGCUGUGCAGAUUGCGAGGUGCCAUCAACUGCAGUUACAGCAGCAGAAACAGUGUCGACAGAAGGAACAAGUGGGCAGACACAAUUUUGUGGCGCACCCUGUGUAGAAGGGUCACCUGCCGGCGAUGUGAAGCAGCACGAGCAGCCCGAUUAUGGAGAUGUGCGUCGUGUGCUAAAGCAACUGGAGACGGCGACCUCUUGGGGAGCCAACAGAUUUGCAUUGGCAUCCCCUACUUUCAUCGCAUCCGUGUGCAGCAGCAGCAAGCUGCCGAAUAUUAAAGUCUGUGUGCAUCCCUUUCCAGAAUCAACAGCUCCUGGUUUUGGCUCGUGCGGCAACAGCAAUGCAGCACCUUUUGAAAAACCAGAAAUUGCUCCUGGACCAAGUGAAGAGCCCGCAAAGCCUCGCCUGCAGGGCGUAGAAAAGGAAGGUUUCACACUUUCUGCAGGGGCGAGGUUUUGGGCAAUGCCUGUAUCAUUUAUUGCAGCUGUUCAUACUCGUCAAGUUGAGGCGCUUGCACGUCUGGCUGAAAGCACUUCACUGCAGCUAUUGCCUGCAGAUAAUGGUGCAAUAGCAUCUACAGCAGCAGAAUCAGCAUCAGCAGCAGCGAAACACCUCUGUGAAAAUCGUAUUUUGGAAGUGUUGACAGCUAGAGAAGGUGACAACACCUACAGUUCUGUCCAAACGAGUACAUGUCUUCCUUCGCUGGUCAUCGAUAGGAAAACGGAGUCGUCCCAUCGUGUUCUCGAUUCACAAGCAAUCCCAGCAUUACAUUGGACAGGACUUUCUGACGCAGCAGCAUCAGCAGCAGCGCAGGCGGCAGAAGAGGGGGGAGCAGCGUUGGAAACCUCUUUUAGCUUCUUGACGCCCCGACAGCGAGAAGCCGUCUCUGCAGCUACAUCGCAAGGAACCCGCAUCGUGACCAUAGAAGGCAGGCAGCGGAGUUCUUUAAUGCUGGAGUGCAGACCUCCUGGAACAGGGAAGACAGCUGUUGCUGCGUCUAUAGUUCGUGAAUGGCUCUCGAGGUGUACCUACACUUCUGAUGCACGCUGCGAGGACACCAAAUGCGCAUGCAGAACGCCCAUUUUCGUUGCUGCGGGGACUCAUGCAGCCCUUCGUUCGCUAAAGAACAAGCUUGACCAAGAGGGUGUAGAGACGGUCCGCCUAUCAGAUGAAGCAGCGGUGCUCGAAGCGUUGCAGGCCGCAACGCCUCCACGCAGAGGUCAUCGCCUAUCCAAAUUGAAGUUGCACCCUCGCCGGCUUCUUGUAGAUGAAAGCUCCCAGCUCACAGGCCUUGGGUCUUUGGUCAACGGAGCUGACGUGGUGGUGUUGAUUGGCGAUGAGCGACAGCUGCCGCCACCAACAGCUCUGCCGGCGUCCUCCUCUUCUCGCUCUUUCUUUAGCGCCCUUAAGGGCGGCGCCUGUAGGUCGGUGCUGCUCAACCUCCAAUUCCGAAUGCCUCCCCUCCUUGCGGCAUUCAUAUCUUCUCACUUUUAUGAGGGCAAGCUGCUAACGCAUCCAUCGCGAGCAGGCCCGUCGUCUUUUCAGGAGUGCCCGUUACCGUCAAAACAACUUCUACAGCGCCAGCAGCAGAUUCAGCAGCGGCCACUGCAAAUGUAUGGAGGCGUUGAUUUGGCGCCGCUGUUGGAUUCCCCCCAGCACCUGAGUGCAUCUCCACAUUUCAGCAGAACGGCUUGCCAAGACACCAGUGAGAGAUGUACCCGUUUGGGGGAAACGGCGUCGUUGCACUGUCGAGACUCCAUUGGAGGGAAAAUGACGGUUGCAGUCAAAUCCCAGAAGAAGACUCAGAAUGAGUGCCGUUUCCCGUGGCCCGACGGCAGUGAAGGCGACAGAGAUCUUGCCAAGAGGCUCGUGGAGCAGCUAGUUGCACGAUGCAAAUCUGCCGGGCAAGCAUCCCCAUCAUCGCGUUGGGUGGAGGAGCUGCAUCGGUACUCCAUCCCCGACGUCCUUCCCAUUCUGUUCUUAGACACAUCGCCUUGGGCGUCAGGGCCUUCCAGAAGACUGGCAAAGAUCACGUUGCCGCCUUCAACAGCGGAAGGCGAAGCACCCACUAUUAUUCCAGCCGAUGCCGCAAGAACAGCACGUAGCGCAGACGGCUGCAAACCACUUGUGAAGAGCCUGCCUGCGGAGCAGCGCAUCAAAAGUUCCCUUCAAAAUCCGCUGGAGGCGUUCAUGGUGUACAGGUGCAUAGAUGCGUUAGUCAGCUGCGGCGCUUCAAAGCAUGAUAUUGCAGUGCUGACUCCCUACCAAGCUCAGGCGCAGCUCCUCUCUCGCGUACUACAUCCCGUGGCGCUGGAUGUGCUGGACGAGAGGUGCCGCCCGCACCCGCAGGUCUUUACAGUGGACGGAUUCCAAGGCCAUGAGAGAGAGUACAUCAUACUAUCCACUGUCAAGGGGUCUCGUAAGAGUCUUCGGGAAUUCUUCCUCUUUGACCCUCGGCGGAUUAAUGUUGCAUUGUCGAGGGCUAGUAAAGGCCUUAUUAUUGUUGGAAAUGCCCACGCACUUGCUGACGCCUCACCAACGUGGAGUAGCUUUCUCUUAUUCUUAAGAACUCUCGGAGCAGCACUGCCUUUGGAUCAUCCCUCGCUGAGAAGCAUCCUCACGCAGGGUAUGUUGCUUCCCCGAACGAAACCCUUCCAAUGUCUCAAGCAAGAGCCACUGCGCGAUUUGAACCCUUCGAAGCGCAUGCCUGAGGAAGGGGAGCAGGAGGGCCUUGAGACUUUGCCGUACUCAGUCGAAACCUCGAAGUGA